UUCUGGUCGCUCUAUGGUAUUUACUUCUGGUUUCCGGGCUUGGGUCGAGGUGCGGGGCAGGGGGCCUGGAGAGGAUAGUCAUUGAGGUGGCAUGUGCUGACGGGCUUGCCCAUGGUGACGGAGGGUCACCUGCACGGAGGAGGACGGCGGCUUUCCAUCUACAUGUGAGAAUCAUAAUUUAAAUCUAGCUCCAGCCCGCCAGGUUCUUUAAGAGUUGACGUGUGCAGCCAUGGCGGACAAUCACUCCAUAACAUCGGAUGGCAUAAAGUCCUCUUCUGGUCUUCAUUUCCGUACAAACUGUCGAAUGAUUUUAAAUCUGCUAAGAGACAAAGAUGCUUCUAUGUUCUCUCCAGAGCAGCCAUUAACGCCAAUCACCGACCUUGCUGUGGGCUUUAGUACCCUGAGUACACUCACUGAUGAAACUCCUAAACGUUGCUUGAACUUGUCCGAUCUCAGUGGUGAUGAAGUUGGAUUGCAGAACUUUGCGUCGCCUGUUAAAAUGCCAAAGGAAAGAGGAGACCCUACAAAUUCCAUGUGCAGCCACCCUGAGGACUUUUUCACCCCAGAACCUGAAAUUAAAACCAAGAAGUGCCAUAAAAAAAAAAGUAAUAGCGUCUUGCCUAGGCUUCUCUGCAGCACACCAAGUUUUAAGAAAUCUUCGGGAAGUCGCAACAACACAAAUAAUAAAGAAAAUGAGUGUGGGACAUUUAAGAAUCCAAGUAAACCAUGUUCUAUGCUGCUUCUCCAGGGAGCAGAUGAUGUACAGUUAUCUCCAACAUUUGGAGGCAAGAACAAUCUCUCUACAGAGGAUGACCCCGAGCUACAUGUCUUAGGUUCACCUAUAACUAUUGCUCCAACAUGCGUAGAUGAGGACAAAGAAGGACACCUUGAUGGGUUCUCAGAAUUUUUUGCUAUGGAUGAAGAGGAGGAGUCUGAGAAUACAUCCACCGUAGCUGCUAAUCUGUCCUCUUCAAUGGCAGUCUUGCUGAGUGGGCCCUUCAUGACUCAGGAGGUUGAUGUCAGUAAUGUGUCUAUGAACCGAAGUCGCCUCUACAGAUCACCAUCUAUGCCUGAGAAACUAGACCGGCCCUUGUUAAAGAGGACAGUGAGACCCCAAGAUAAUGAAACUCCAGUUCGGGUGAAAAGGAGGCGCAGCACUAGCAGCCCCCUCCAGCCUGAAGCAGAUGAGAACAACCAAACUAGAAGAUGGGGCACCUCUCUGAAGAAGACCCUUUCCCUCUGUGAUGUGGAUAUCACAAAGGCUUUGGAUGAGGAUUACAGUCACAGACAACUAAUUGGAGACUUUUCAAAGGUUUAUGCUUUGCCUAUUGUGACUGGACGCCAUCAGGAUCUUCGCUACAUAACAGCAGAGACUGUGGCAGCCUUAAUUAAUGGAAAACUUAACAGUCUUGUGGAGAAGUUCUACAUCAUUGAUUGCCGCUAUCCAUAUGAAUACGAAGGAGGUCAUAUCAAGGGCGCUUUGAAUCUUCAUCGACCAGAAGAUGUGUUGGAUUAUUUUCUCAAGUGUCCUUUGGUCCCAUCGGUGGCAGAAAAGCGCAUUAUACUGGUGUUUCAUUGCGAGUUCUCAUCCGAAAGAGGUCCGAAAAUGUGUCGUUUCUUGAGAGAAGAAGAUCGCGCCAGGAAUGACUACCCAAAUCUUUAUUAUCCAGAGGUGUAUUUACUGAAAGGGGGCUACAAAGAGUUUUUCCCAGAAUACAAGACUUUGUGUGAGCCUCAAAGCUACUGCCCAAUGCAUCACCAGGAUUAUCAGCAAGAACUACUGAAAUGCCGUACAAAAAGCAAAUCCUGGGCAGGAGAACGCAAGAGAAGGGAUCAGAUUGCCCGGUUGAUGAAAUUAUAGCACAGGAUUUGAAGUCUUCAACUACCUCGUCAGGAGCUUCAGUCUGACCAUCUUUCAACACUUCUUCCAACAUGACCAUGGCUGCUUCCUAAUUUAGAGGAUGUCAUCAUUUGUACUGCGGUCGCUAUGAAAUGGUUUUAUUAUAUAUUAAAAACAAUGCAAGAAUGCACUGGAUAUACAUGCAUUUGGGAAUGAAUGUAGGUUCUAACUAUGGGAUACAGUAAACCUUCCUGUGACUGCUGAACAAAAGUGCCUUCUUACUGUUUGAAUGCAGUGCCCUUGGAAGUCUAGGCUACAUGUCUUCUUACAAAUCAUGUCUUUUCCGGAGACCAGCACCUUUUGUAUUUUUGCUCACCCACUACAGCCGCUAAACUGUGACUAAUAAAAUUUAUUAUUUAAAGGGGGUUAUCUCACCAAAACAACCUCUGUAUAUAGACAUUACUGAAGGGGUGAAUUCCUUGGCAACAGCAGCUAUUUAUCAGAGAUUAGAGAAGCCAGACCCAGCUUCUUAAUAAAUAGGGCUGUUUUUGUGAGAGAACCUGUUUAAUUUAAUAGGGAUUAAUGACGACCAUUGUUUUAUUCCAAAGCAUCUGAAAUAAAAAAAAAUAAGCAAGCUGGCAAAAGUUUUUUGAUUUAAAAUAAAAUACCUUACCAUUUUGUGUCUACAGCUCCUAUGCAAACCUACAUUUCUCCAUGGUAACAGACUAAAACCAAACUCUAAUCUGAUCCUGCAAUCAUACUGCCAUUUAUCCACUCCCUAAUUCUUGCUAACCAAAUCUAUGUUGGUAAGGAUUAUGUCAUAGAUGUUAGUCUACUUUCACACUGGUGUUUUGGUUUCCGUUUGUAAGAUCCGUUCAGGGCUCUCACAAGCGGUCCAAAAUGGAUCAGUUUUGCCCUAAUGCAUU